AUGGUAUUUCCUGGCCUAGAUAAGUUGCCUCCUUUCCCUAGGAGCAAAACUACCUAUUUUUCAAAUCAUAAAAAGGGAGAGGUCGGAGAACUAAGGCUCCUUUUGAGGAGGAUGUUGUUGGAUUCAAAAUCUCCAUCAACAACUGAAAAAAUCGUUUCACAAAUCAUAGAACCAAAUGUUGACCAUUUCAAAGUUCAAAAUACACAAAAAAGAAGAAAUGUACUCAAGAAGCUAAUAGGUUGUAUGACACUUGGAAUUGACCUAUCUUCACUAUACACAGAUGUAGUAAUGGUAUCGCAAACUGAUGACCCAGUUCAAAAGAAGAUGAUUUAUCUAUAUUUAUCAAAUUAUAGUAUGGAUAAUCCAGAUUUGGCGGUUUUAGCCAUAAAUACACUACUAAAGGACGUGGAUAGUCCUGACCCUGUAAUAAGAUCACUUGCUUUGAGGAAUUUAUCCUCAUUUGGAACAAAUUUGUCAAAUGAAUACGCAACCAUGUCUGUUUUAAAGAAGAUGUUUGACCCAUCAGACUCUGUAAAAAGGACAGCGAUAAUAGGAUCGAUAAGGAUUUUCAAGUCAAAUUGUAGUACAUACGGAAAGGAUUCAAAGAGCACAUGUGAUUUAUUACAGGAUUUAAAAACAGCACUAAGGUCCAAAAACGUACAUGUUAUGAUUGACGCAAUGUGUGCUGUAUCAGAAAUUGCUGAAUAUGAUAAGAAGAUACCCCUUACAACACCCUCUGUAAUAUACUUAACAAACUGCCUUAAAAAUAUGAAUGAAUGGGAGCAAUGUUAUGUUUUGGAGCUUCUCUGGACAUAUACACCAUCAACCAAGGAUGAAAUGUUCGACCUUAUGAACCUUCUGGAUGACAAACUCAAGCACAGCUCAUCAGCCAUGUUUCUGGCAACCGCAAAGUGUUUCUUAAUGUGGACAAGAAAUGAUUUAUUUCUUCAAUUGGAAGUUGUUAAACGCUUACAGGACCCAUUUCUAUCCUUGAUCAAUCGCACCAGAAGUGAAAUUUCAUACGUUCUCCUGGCAAAUAUUCUGUCCCUGAUAGUAAACGUUACUCAGUUGUUGCUUGAAAACCCAGACUUCACUGAAGAAAACUGUGAUUCAAACUACAAUAUACCAUUUGUUGAACAUUACGAGUCUUUUUACUGUCAAUAUGAUGAUCCACCCUACAUUAAGGCCUUGAAACUGAACAUCCUUGUAUCAAUUUGUACUGAGGAAAACUGUGUUAACAUCAUCCAAGAAUUAAAAGAAUAUGUUUAUGACAUGAACCAUUAUAUCGCAAAUAAAUCAAUAACAGCUUUAGGAAUUAUAGCACUUAAGAUACCCAACCAACUCUCAUGUUUAAUAGAAAAGAUUUCUGACGUUUACAAGUUCAACCUCCCUCACUUAAACUCCUCUGUUCUUCAUGUUAUAAGGACUCUUUUCUCGGUGUACCCAGAAAGAGAACCCGAGCUUUUAGAAAUUGUCAAGGAGCCCUCCGAAUACAUAACUUACCCUGAGGCUAAGUCACACCACAUAGCAAUUUUGGGAGAUUAUGGGUAUGAUCUGGACCACACGCCUUAUACACUCGAGGAUUACAUUGAUGACCCUGAUCGCACUGAACUCAUGACGUUGGAACUACUGCCAGCUUCAGUAAAGGUGUUUCUAAAGAGACCGGCGGAAAUGCAUAGUGCACUGUCAAGACUUUUCGAAAGCGUUCUGGAAUCAAGUGACUAUAACCUGUCAAUGUCGGGGAACUUUUACUACAACUUGCUUUUUACAGGAGUUGAGGAAGCUGAGAAGAUUUUGUUUGAGGACAAUAAUGAUCGACUUGAGUACGAUAAGGAUUUCUUACUGGCCCAGGACUACUACUUUAUGCCUGAUCCAGAGUGGAGGGAACAUUUUAACACAGUUUACGUCCUUAGUAACUGCCUGGAUUUUUACAAGUCGAACAAUCCAAUAUUCUUCCCAUUUGAGCAUAAGGAUGUCAAAACUGAUAUUUUCAGAGAGGACGGCCUGAGAAAAGUGGUUGAGAACUAUUCUCCAGGAGCACAGGAGCUAGGUAACCAAUAUGAAAGAGUUGAACAGCCUCCAGAGGCCACGAAUAAUGAAACAUUACUGUUUGAGGAGCUUGAGAAUGAAGUUAAGUAUUUUAACCUUGUGGUUCCUGAAACAAUGUUGGAGGAGGAGUUUCAAAAGGCGUGGCUGGAAUCCGAACAUUCAUACUCCACUGAAAUGGAGUCCUACCCAAAUGAUUUAAAUUUAGAGGAAUUUGAAGGGUUAUUCUUGAAACUCAACAUCGUGACAUUGGCUUCAAGUGAAGAUGGUGGCGCUAGUACAAUGUACAUGUAUACUAAAGACGAACAAGGAGCAAUAUAUUACAUUGAAGUGAUUAUUAAGGAAGGGCAAGUAAAGGUUACACUAAAAGUUAACGAGAUGAAUAGUAACGAGUUAAGCUUGCAGUCAUUCUCGGAGAUUCUAUGCGACUUCAUCAAUAGAUGGGUCACCCGAUGAUAAAAGCAGACAGAACUCCUAGUCCCAGGAUAUGAUCUUCCCUGCAACUUUAAUAAUCUCUUUAAGCUCAGAGUCAAUUUCAUUUUCACUUUC